GCAAGGCCCACACAGCCUCAGCUCUCACGGCAGCUGGGUGAGUCACACUAUGCGGAAGGUGCUCUCCAUUCCGAGCAGCGCUACGGAACCAUGGCUGAGCUUUGGCUCAGUGCUCUCGGACACUGGCCCACUCUACCUUGCUGAGUGCAGGGGUUGCUUCUCCUGUUCCUGCCACACCUCAUACUGACUUCAUUCUGUUGCUGUGGAAACGGCAAGGCCUCAGAAAGGAACUCUCGAAGAGACAAAUGAGAAAGAAAAUGUCUCUCCAGACUCUGGAGGAGGUGAAAAGGAGGGAUGGCAUUUCUCCAGAUCCCAGGAGGUCAGAAGGCAAACCCACAGCCCCGUGGAAUUCGCCGGGUUCGACCGUCACUAACCUAGACACCCAGGUCCCGAAAAUCAACUUGAAAAUGAAAGGGAAACGGAAGUAUUUGGAGGCUUCUGACCAGGUCCUGUGUGUGAAGAUUCCAGAGGGAGACCUGGGCCAGAACCACAGCCAGCUCUUCUGGGGUCUCCCCUCUCUGCACAGCGAGUCCAUCAUGGCCACUCUCCUGGUUCCUGUGAGCAGCUACUCACCAGAGCCUUGCCUUGUGCUGUUCAAUGGGGUCUGUAAAGCAGCUUCAGGCCCAGUACUGAGUCAUGGUUUUCCAGCCCUUCCCCAGCCCCUCACCCUGGUUCAUCCUCAACCUUUGCCUAAGGUAGCUCCCCAGCCACAGACUCUUACUGAGGAAAUGCCCCAGGCCCACAUGCAAUCUCCAUGGUCUUCCAUGGCCUUGCCAUCUCUACCCUAUGGGAGUGCACUCCAGAUACCACAGACCAGGGCCGUCUCUGACGUCAUAAAUGGGAAAGGACACUUGCAAUAUCACUUGGUGCAGAAUCCUCAAGAUAGUUUGUGGGGUUUGGUCCCUGAAUGCCAGCAAUAUGAAACUGCCCUUGGUCUUCCAGUUCACAGCUUUCCCGUGGGCAGCCAGUCUUCACAGACCUAUGUCUCCGUCCCCGGGUCUGGCCUUUUUCAUUUCAGCAGUGAACAUCAGAACAACCUGGACCCCUAUGGACCAAACAACCUAACCUCACCCUCGUGCUUCGAGCUGUGCAGUAGGCCAGGAGUGCCAGAAGUGAUGAACACUCAGUUCAAACCAACAGGAGUAUCUUCAUACAACUACAAAUACGCUAAGUCUCAAUGCUGCGUACACUGGGGCAACAUCUGUGCUGACCCUGGGAAUGGAGAACUAAGUCACUCGGAGAGUUAUUGCAUGAAGGUCCCCAUGAAGCCACAGCUAAGAAAGGAUGCAGCCAAGAACCUUGGCCAGAUCCUAGGGAAAUGCCCAUUAGACAAUACACAAAUGAUCUCGGGAUGUUGUAUACUGAAUGGUUUGAAGGCUAUCCCUGAGACAGAGGGGGAGUUGGCGUAUCACUCAAGGACUGACUUGGAAAAUGAACAGCUCACCAUCUCAAAGAAGAACUUGGACCAAAGACACAUGAGAAGCAUUCUGAGGUUGCACAUGAGCAGGAAGUGCUGGCAGAUCACUAUGGGUCGGAUCCCAAUCAUGGUGUGUUGUUCAUGGCUCACUGAAGAUGCGUCUCUCUGGAGAUCACCCCUGGGAAAGAUUCACUGUGAUACUGCUAUUCCAGAAAUACCUUUUCUUGAUCGCAAGACCCAGAAGAUGCUGGAAGCCCAUCUCAUAAGGUUCCGUGUGAGUCAGCAAUGGGGCCUCCCCAUCAAGGUUAUUGAAUCCAUAAAAUUCUAUAUUUUGAGAGAAGCAAAAACAUGGCCCCUUUCUCAGUCUGAUCUCCCCUUAUCAUUAAACAGUAUUCCUGGGUUGGACUUGAAAAGUAACUUUCCCAGUCCCCUCAGGGGAAGCUCCGACCUUCUCCAUGGAGACAAGAUAGAAACCACAGACUCAGCCCCCACCUCAGAUUACUCUCUCACCCUCUUACAUGUAGACAGCGAAGGAGAGAGGUCCCUGAGACAGUCAGUCUCUAGCCACACCUCGGAUGUUUCAGAGACGGUCCAGACGGUUGAGGAUGACAGGCCCAGCAACCCGGACCUGAGCCAGAACAAGGCUGAACUACAAAGCAGACCCAGACAGGAGCAGCCCAUAAAGGAAGAUGUGACUCCGUCCGACUCAGAGAAUGAGAGAGCAAGUUCUGCUUCUCAUCUAGUAAUUGCUGAAAGCAGACUGAGUGUAGAAAAGAAUCCAAAAUACACAGUGACACCCAACAUGCUCAGAGAGAUGAUACUCAAGGCCAGGGAGCUGUUUGUUAGGUCAGGGUCUGAUUCUAUAAUCAAGUCAGAAAGUUCCACCAAAAAAGAUGAGAGUCUAUCAAGCCCCCUGGUGGCCACAGGGCAGAGCUCAUCAAGGAUGUCAGUCCCUGAAGAUCCAACAGCACCGGACUUUAAGAAACAGCUGUUUAAGGAACUAAGGUCAAAGUUGGAGGAUCAGCCACAGAGCCAGAGUGAAGCCUGGGAGGACGAGUCAUCCUUUGUCUCAGACAGCUUCUCGGGCUACUCGCUGCCGUCUUCUUCCAACAGUGUGUCUAGUGCAGACGUCUCCGUCUUCUGGGACACGCAAAGCCACAUGUAUAGCACCGGAAUCAGUGUGGAUCCGUGGCAAGAGCCCAGUGUCUUCAAAAGAAUCUUAAAGAAUUUCAUACCAGCUCAGAAGAGACUGGCGUUGCCCGUAUCCAGAAAAGAAAAUGGUAGAAGCGACCCUCAGGAAUUAGAGACACCCAAAGCAGGAAAGAAGAGCCAACCUAGUAAGGAGAAAUCAGGCAAGAGGGAACAUCCUCCUGACAGUUACUUCAGAAAAAAGAUAGGACAAUUUUUCCAGUGGCUUUAUUCCAGCAAAGACAGCCCAAGACAUAAAUCGGAGAAAGACAGGGCUCUCUUUAUGAGCUGCGGGCCUCCAGAAGCUCAUGAACUCAUGGCAUCCCUUGGGAAACUCCUGGAAGAUAAGAUGUUGUAUGGGCAGAAAUCCGAGUUCUUGGAGUGGAGCCAGACGACCAUGCCCGCCCAGCCAGCGCUCAAGGGACAGCCUUCCAACCUUGGGGCUGCCAAUGGCCAUCAUGGAGAAGCAAGUAACUGCUCCUGUCCCCAGACAGCCAUCACCCCUGGUCCAAGUCAUAUGCUGAGCCUUGGACAGAGACAUCGCCCCGUACCUUUUGAGUACCCUCCCUCUGCUCCGGAGAGUCUGAGUUCUGUGCAAGCUCCGCUUGCAUGAAGGUGCAUCCUAUGCCUCCCGCCUCGCACAUCUGCUACAGGCUCAGUGACCUUUCACCCGGACUGUCUGUGGAAAGGGUAGACGAGAAAGCUUCCACAACGGGAUCGAGUCUUUGUCUAAAAUUUUCUUUAAAAAAUAUUUUUAGAGCCAUACGCCCUGUGAUGAGAAAUAACCUGUUUAACAGA